GGAGUGGCCCUUCUCUCUGUGCAUGACAGAGGAGUCAAAGCUAAUGUACUCGUCGGCCUCAAAUUUCUGAUUAUAGCGCCUCCUCGAGCAGUCCCGAUCGGUCCGCUUCCAAGGCCUGUUCUGAUCCUCCAUCCACAAUCCACCAUCCACCUUUUGGCGCCCUGACUGCCAAAGAGUGAGUGGAGAGGCGCCGCAAAUGAGCGGCGGCAACCCUCCAAAAAUGGUUGGCUCACCUUGGUGUAGUUGAUUUCGAGGUCCACAACCAUUGACAACUUGGCCUAUGAAUGUCUAGAUUGGAGUGCUGCUGCUCUUGUGGGGUGUUGUCCAGAAUGGAAUUUUGAACCAGAAAUGGCGAUGAAGUGUUGGACCUUGUUCAGCCUUCUGUUUGGCAUUCUUUCAUUCGGAUCCAAAGCAGGAUGGCAGACACAAUGUUCAAUGGUCCGCUUGAACCAUCACUCGUUUUCCAGUGGUCAGUUCAUGACUUUAGAUUCUUCGAAACGACUCUUGCCUCGAAGAUUUAAUCGCCUAAAUCAUCGCCGAUUCAAGCGUUGGUCCUAUCCGUUUGGACCAAGUUCCAUUAAGGUCACUGAUGGCAAUAAUCCAAAGUCCAGGGAUGAGUUGCUUCAUGAAAUCUUGGAUAAUCAGCAUCCCAUCAUUGGAAAUGAAGAUAUUGACGUGGAGGACUUUCUUUGGACGGGCGAAGGUGAAGGAGACUUCAACAGCCAAGCCUUUGAUUAUCACGAAGGUGACAUCGAAAUCAACUCAAUCGACCAAAUUGACAGCAACAUUGUCACGGUCACUCAAACCGUGGUCACUUCCAUUUUGCCCACUGCACCUUUCCAAGGCCAAGGGAGUUCUCAAGGCUCCAGCGAAAUGGACACCGCAGGCUCCGCAUUCAAUCCACAGUUCAUUCAACCCACUCCCGUUCAGAACAACCUCAAUGGACCCAGUAGUUCUUCCAUCACUGGUGACCCUCAUAACUACCAUCCCUAUGGGUCCAAGGAUCUUCCGGAGGAGCAAUACCUCAUUCGCACCAUUCUCCAGAGCAAUAUGACCAUCAUUCACAAGGGAAUUGAACAUUUCCGGAAUGAUAUGGAACAAAAGUUGACCCGUGCUUAUCGAGCGGCGUACGAAAAGAAGCGAUUCAAGCGAGAGAUGAGCACCACCACUUUGCAACCAGAAGACGAGACCACAACAUUAAUGGAGUCUCUCUUUGAGAACCAGAGCCCAGAGGACACGACGAUUCUGCCAGACGUGACAACUCCUUACCAGCUUACAACCACAUCCACUCAGCCCGAGACCACAGGCAUUUCGAUUGGGACUGAGCCCGAAAGUAUUUUACCUGACACGACAACGGAUGAGCCCGAAACGAGCACGGCAAUCAUGAAUGAUGCAGAUCUUGAGUUGGCGAGAAACGUGGGAUUGCUUAAAUCUACGUUUUCAAGUACCAAUGACGAUGACUCGGAAGCGCUUCCAACCGUCAGAAUUCAUAACAUUCGAUCCAGUCUUCCUCGCCCAGAAAUAGAGAUGAUUUACACGGUCAACCGGGAUGAAGCCCUGGUCAAUGCUGUCACUGCCGUGGAAGCCCUCUGUAACUUGGACGACAGUGAAGUAGCCGAAGUGUUGGGUUUCCCAUUGGUAACAAAGGCCGAACCUUAUACAGUAAGAGCAGAACCCUACAUUCAACGAGCCACGAGUCAAACGAGUUGGUUGAUUGCUGCAGUGGUCGUGUCCACAUGUUUGGCCAUCAUUGUUCUUUUGGCCUUGCUAUUGCUCCUUCGUCAUUACAAGAAGGAAGAGAACAAACAUAAACGGCUGCUUGCCAGUCCUGGACCAAGUACAAGCCCUGAUGAACACAGCCAAACGGGUAUUCACGCAACCAUGGGAAUUUCUUCUCCUAUGGGAUCGAUUGAUCAAGCGGCAUUCACUCUGGCUUGUCCUAAAGAGGGAGUCGAUGUAGCCUCAGGACCUUCUCCAGCCAACUCCACAUUGAAGGUGGCCGGAGAAGGGGGUCAAUUUGGGGGAAAGUACUCUUCAGGAGAGGACAUCUUUAGAAGCAGAGGAAACUUAGAUGACAAUGGAGGAGAGAGUCCGGCCCAAGCCGACCAGAGCUCCAACAAUACGCCCGAGCUUCAGGUCAAGGCCAAGACUCGAAAGACCAGUCGGGAGCGGAAGCACUCCAAGAGUAGUAAGAAGCCCGGGAGAUUUGCAUCCAAUGAGGUGGAGCAAUCGUCAUUUCCGAUUCGAACCCCAGACAAAGAGGGCUUCUUGGGACCUCUAACAGACCUCUUAGAAGAGGAAAUCAUGCUCCCAGGAGAGAGUCGGGAAACGUCUGCCGAAUCUGCUGGACGCAAUUGGGCGUACCUCCCACAAAAUCGCAAGUCUCCCACGGCGUCCACCACUUCUUCCACGUCCUCAGGCGAAAUCCAGCCCCACAAAAACGUGUCUUCUCCCCCUUCUUCCAAGUCUUGGCACCAAAGAAAACAGCGCCACAAGCAGCACAAACAACCCUCUCCGUCGCCGUCCAAUUCUGCGUGUUCAGCAGAUCCUAUUGUUGAAGUCCCCCUGAGCAGGAAAUUAAGUUCCAGCACGAAAGAAGAAGAGACGCAACAUUUCCAAGGAUCGGGCGAAGGGGCCACUGCCAUGUCGUCAGAACUGCCUUUGCCAGACAGUCCCGAUUCAAAGAAAAGAGCCCUGAGUGCCAAGUCCCAUAUCACUCGCAAGGGGAAAAUUCAAUCUUCCACCGACAAGAUUGCCAAGAACCAAACGCGUCCCUGGUCAGCAACAGAAUCAAGACUCCAAGCUGAUCCGGUGUUCAACAUGCGUCAACGACAUUGGGAGGAUCUCAUUUCUGGUAAAAAGAAGCUUCACCGUGGACAACUAUUGCCUGGGUCUACAUCCGAGGAAGAAGUACAAUACCAGUUGGAGCUGCGGAAAAGGCGCCAACCUCAGUCUUGUUGGUCGGAAGGGACGUCUCCCAAGAAGCAAGUGAGUUUUUGCGUGGAACCACCCAAUGUGAAGGACCAAACACCUGACGGCUCAGAUGAAGGUAAAGAGGAGUCCAAUCCCGGUGGAUUGAUCAUUCAAGCCAUUCGUGAUGAGCUUCAAAAGUUCCAAAGACCAAAGUCUCCCAACCUCACUGGUAUCUCCAUUAUCAGUGAUCCCAAUCUUCUCAACAAAGAAUCAGACGCCUAAUCGAAUCAUACCUGAAUCAAAAUUCAAAUUAUCGUCUUCUCAUAUUGUAUAGCGAAAAGCGACGUCCUUUUCUCCUCGGAGACGAGGGUCACAGAACAAUAAACACUUAUUACAUGCAG